AACUUUGAUAGAAGAAGACUCGAUGAAGCACACAAUGCAUCUGACAAGGGUUGUGUCUCUCGUAUCUUAAUGUCGUUUUAAAAUUAGCCGAAAAUAUAAAAAGCUCGGUGAAGAAUCCUGCUACUUUGUGUGUACUUGAAGACUGUGGUUAGGAUAUUUGUUUUGACCGAAAACGUAGGCCAGACAACUUCCCCGACACAGUGGAUUACAGUGUGGGCCGUUGAUGGAGUUGUCCUGCCGGGGGCUUGGUCGACACCCUUGUCAGUGGAACUCAAGUCCGAGGCUUCAGUAAGGCCUUGAAUAAUUUCGUUUUUAAUGGAUGUGGAACAAAAACAAAAUCGGUAUAGGAAGACACACAUCAAUAACACGCGGAUGGUGGGUGGCAAAACAUUUACCAUAUAACGUCAGACUUGGUGUGACGAAGAAUUGUCUGUGGAUUAGCUAACAACUAUAGGUAUCUAGCCAGCUAAGGCUAGCUAGCGACGUCUUUCUUUGAUGAUAAUUCAACCAUUCGUAUCGGGCCCAUCGUCAGGCUGGAGAAAGAAUGUUAGCUUUACUCCCAGCUUCAACUUGGUAGUUAUAGGUUUUGUGUAAAUCAGUAUUGCGCAGGACGUUUUUUAAAAUACUUUUAAGUCCAGAUUGCUAGCUUUAAUAACGUUGUAUACUUCGUGGUUACGUUCCUUCGUGAUAACCAACUUCCCCUGGCUAACGUAACUAGUUAUAUAGCUAGCUAAUAAUACUAGCUACAGAGUAGCAUAAUAAAGCACUUGAAUACAUUUCCUUAGGUCGAAUGUGGUAGAUAACGUAAGCAGCUAUUAAUUUAACUUAAUGUUAACUCAAGUUAACCGGUAAUCAAGCUGUCUAAAAAUAACUACAUAUAUUUACCAGUGCUUUAAAUUCGUAACACAGUACGUAUCGUAGUUUGUUUAUUUGGCCGUGACAGGUAGUUAGCUACAUUAGUUAUCGUUUAUUUGCUACUACGCUAGCUACUGUAGUUAGCAGUUACGCUACAUAUUAUUGUCUGAUUAACUAUUUGGCUUAUUUGUCAGCUUUUGGCAAAAUCUUAAGUGUGAGAUGUUGUGUAUUUACAUUUUCAGAGUACCUCAGUCCAUAUAGUUAGCUACCUUACCUUGCUAUAAAAUACGCGUUAUUGGUAACCGAUAGCUAGCCUAAGGUAGCUAGCCUAAACCUAGUCAAUUUUGUUUACAUACGCAUUUGGUUCUUUGCUUGCCAGUUAGCAUUUUCUGAUACGAAGAAUUGGCUAGCCAUGUCCUGACAAUAACUUGGAUUUACUCAUGCUGACCAGGGACACCACGAAAUCUGGAAAAAAAGAUUGAAUCUUAGUGCAUUGACAUGACAGUUAAAGUUCGCCGAGAGAAAGGCGUAGAUGCCAUCCUGUCCGCAAAAGACGCUAAAUAAUAUACUACCACAUAUUAACGCCAUUUUAAACAGGGGCUCCGGUGUGGGCUUGUGUAGUGGUGUUUAACGUUUGGUUAAGGAAAGUGCCUUCGACCGGACCUGAUUUUUAAAAGUGCCUUCAGUCGGACUAGGACUGGUGCUGUUUGUUUUGACAUGGAAGGUCCGAGUCGAAGCAGUGGGUUCAGACAAAGUCGACGAUCCCGUUCUCAACGAGACCGAGAGCGGCGCAGAAGGAGAGUAGACCUCGCUGAAGAGCGGGCCACAUCCCCGUCCUCGGGCUCAGAAAGGGAGCUUUGCGCAGCUGGAUCUGUCCUCGGUCCCGGGGGUAGAGAAUGUCGACCCGGUUUCGUCGGUCCUAGACACAGGCCUCCUCGGCGGAGGAAGCGAGAGUCAGUUUCCUGUGAGGAGGACAUCAUCGAUGGGUUUUCAAUUGCCAGCUUCAUUAGCUUUGAAGCCCUGGAGAUGGACUGCUCCAUGAAGCCUACCCAGCGUGUUGCCAUGCUCAUGGGAAGGGGAGGUAAAAGAAAGAGGGGCCCCGGCCAGAAUGGCGAAGGGCCACUGUCAGAGCCCGAGGAAGGGGCCCCACCCAGCUUCUCCCGCAGCUGUUGCAACAGGACGAAGAGAAGAAAGACAGAGGUGAAGGGUGGGGGAAUCCUCUUCUUGGAGACUGGCUACAUCUGUGACACCGAGAGCGAGUCGGCUGACAAGGCCUCUGACCAUGACAUGGAGCCAAUGUUCACUGUCAGCACCAGGAAAGUUUUGGAACCUGUCCCUGUGAGCAUGGCUUCCUCUGUGGGCAAAGGUGCCCCACCCUUACCGCUACAAGGCCGCUGUGGCCUGUCCCGGCUGGCGGUGACCCCUCGUAUCUCCGGCCUGGAGCGCAGCCAGGAGAGAAGCCUGGAGCUGCCUUACCCGGAGCCCCUGUCUACCUCAUCCUCGUUCCCCUGUCCGCCGGCCCUCUCCCCGGCCGCGGUCUCGGCGCUCGGCCAGCUCAAUGGCAGUAGUAAUGGCCUUCACCACCGACCCCAUCACAACCCCAGCCCUCCGCGCUCCAAACACAAGACGUUCCUCACUUUCCCUGGCCGACACGCGUACAGCAUGGGCAUCAACAGGAAUGGUACCUCAGUCAAGCCCCCGUCCUCUGCUGCUGCUGCUGCUUCUUCCUCGCUGUCCGUGAGACCCCCAACUCCCUCUUCCAGUAUGUCCAUGUCCCUCAUGAGGGGUCCGGGGUCAUCCGGGUCUCUGAGGCCCCCUUCGCGUGCCAGCUCUGGUCCCUUGUUCACCGCCUCGCCUGGGCUUCCCCCUCCACCGCCUCUUCUCACUUCCCACUCAGGAGCAGACCAGGACCUGUUGCGACAGGGCCUGAACUCACACUUCCUGGCCUCGCAGGAGCGCGAUGGCCGCCGCAGUGUCCCCGGAGCCGAGGCCGGCGGUAGCCGGCCGGGGCGCUCCACUCCCGGGGGUCCCUCGGGCUCCGGCUCCGGCUCGUCCGGUCGCUCCUCCCAGGCCCAGCCCAGCAUUCCGCCGCUGGCCUUCCAGUUUCACCAACACAACCAUCAGCACCAGCACACGCACACCCACCAACACUUCACCCCGUUCCUGCACCCCACGGCCUCCGCGCCGCCGCCUCAGCACCUGUUUGACAAGUACGGGAAGUUGGCGAGCAUGGGGGACGGCAUCUACAGGAACACAUUCUUCCCACAGUACCCUCCCCCCCCAGUGCAGGGCCUCCAGCCUGUGUUGCCUCCCACUGGGCCCUUCAGCUCCCUGCAAGGAGCCUUUCAGCCUAAGCCUCUUGCCCCCCAGGGAACCAGUCCCGAGAUGACAGCUCGCCUGGGGGUUGUGCCUCACCAUCUGCAGCCUAAAGACCCGCGGCUAACUGAUCCAUUUGGGACAUCGUUGAAAGUCAGUAAUAAACCCGGAAAGUGGUGUGCUAUGCAUGUUCAUGUGGCGUGGAUGAUUCUGAGCCAUCAGAAGAAAGUCAAGCUAAUGCAGGCUGAUCCCCACAAGCUGGAUUUCCGUAACGAUCUGCUAGCGCGUCUUCCUGGGGCCGGGAGCCUGGGCCCCCUGGGGCCCCUCGGAGGUGGGCUCCCGCCUGCCCACGACCUGAACCGACCGGCCAGCCUCUUCACAGCCACUGGUACCGUCAAUCCGUCCUCAUCUCCUUUCAUCCCACCGUCAACACCCCACUCCUCCUUCCUCACUCCCACGGCACACCUAGACCCGUACGGCCGCUCACCUCCUUUCACCCCUCUGGGAGCCCUGGGCUCUGGUGCCUUUGGGGGUCUGGGCAGCCCCACGCUGGCUAACGGCUCAGUGUUUGGCCACAAGGAUCCCCCUGCAGUCGGAGGCUUACCCACCCCCCACGACCCCUGGAACCGGCUGCACGGUGGGCCACCCCCCUUUGCUGGCCCCAGCUGGGCCAAGGGGGCUGAGAAGAGGGAAGAGAGGGACCCAGGGAAGGACAUGGAGAGGAGAGACAUCAUUCACAUCAAAGAUGAGAAAGAUAGAGACAACGUGCAGUAUGGUCGCCAACCCGUGCGGAUGUCUCCGGUGGCCCCAGCUCUCAAGCUCCAGCAGCAGCGCAGCAACACACCCGUCUCCCACCUCAAUGGGCACUCGGGACCCCUGGGGGGCCCCGUCGGUCUGACCGAGGACCUGACGCGGAGCCACAGCAGGGACAGAGAGCGGGACGGGGAGAGCCGGCCGCUGCCCUCCAGGCCACCUCCACUGGGCCCUUCUUCCGCCGCCGCAGACAGAGACAGACCUCGCUCCUCCUCUUCCUCGGCGCUGACCACUCCCCCGCCCUCAGGACCGUCCGCGCUCUCCCCGUUGGACCUCUACCCCCGCCAGCAGCCGUCGGCGUUGCACAGCCUCCACGGCGAGCCCCCCUACCCGUCGCAGAGAGACACCGGCCCGCUGGCCCCGCCCUCCUCGGCCACAGUGACCUCUCUGUCCCAGGGCAAGAAGCCCGACCGAACAACCACCACCCCGGUUCCCAAGCCGCCUCCCCUCUUCCCCCCAGUCAAGGUCAAGGAGGAGCGGAAGGAGGAACCGGAGCCCGUGCCAAUCUCCCUGCCACCUCCUUCGCACGCUCCCCCCGGCCACAGCUACGACCGGCCCAACAGCCGCCCUCACCACCACCGCUCCUCCACCCCGUCCUCCUCCCUCUCCCUGACACCCACACCCGGGGUGCCCCUUCCUCCCCCCCCUCAACACAACCCCCAGCAUCACCUCUCCCUGCUGGAGCGCUCCCGAGCUCAGGCCGCCAUCGAGGCCUACCUGGGGAGCACGCAAGGGGCCGGGGGGAUCGUCGUGGGUCCGGGUGGGGAAAGGUACUCCACCCAUCCUCCGCCCCAGGGUCACGGCCAGCACCCCCACAGCUUCCCGUGGGACCCGUGGAGGGAGCUGGCCGCCCAGCAACAGCAGCAACAGCAGCAGCAGCGGCGAGAGGCCAUGGCCCUGCGCUCCGACCCACACCUGGCCCGGCUGCUCCAGCACCAGCACGCCCAGCGCUUCAUGGAGGCCGAGAGGGCGGCGGCCGUGGCGGCGGCCGUGGCUGCCAACAACCCCCACCAUCACCCUCCUGCGUCCGCGUCCUCUUCCUCCUCGGCGCGCCAGGAGUUUGGCCUGAUGGCCCACCACUUCGACCGGCCCCCCCAGCUGGGGCCCCCAGGCGGCGGCCUCAUGGACGAGCAGCAGCGCGCCCAGAUCCUGAGGGAGGAUUUUGAGAGGGCGCGCUAUUUUGGGAUGCACGCCCACCCGCACCUCUCAGGCUCCCACCUCCCGCCGGGUUCCCACGCCGCCCACCUGGAGCAGCUGCACGCUGGGAUGCUCUCCCAGUCCCACCUCCACCAGCCGGGAGGCUCCGCCUCCUCGCCCCACCACCCCGGCAUCUACUCCCGCCUGGGGCCUCUGCAUGCGCACCACGUGCCCAACGGUAUUCUCACCAAGACCCCCGCCGGCCUGGUGGGGGCGCUGUCCGUGGGGGGCCCCCCUCCGCUCAUUCCAUCCGUGACCAGCAGGUCCGCCACGCCGACCCGUAGGCUGGGGGGCCCCGGGGACUUGGGUCUGUACGGCUCUCACAAAGACGGCGAGUCCAGAUAGUACAGGGACGCACCGGAGGAGUGGAAGGGAAACAUUGUGGUCACUGUGCUGCUCUCGCUCUGCUUCCUGGAAGAUGGAACGCCCUGGAGGAACUACAACACACAGCUAACCCAGUCACGGCCUCAACCCCAGAUGUGUUGCUGGUCAGACCGGGUGGAAGGCAGGGAAAGGGAAUCAAAAAGACUUGCCAGGGUGGCUCCCUACAUUACCCACAAUGGUUCUAUCAGUGCAAUUUUAAGGUACAUGGUUUCUGUGCAUCCUGUUGUUAUUUUGAGAGAGGCUGGUUUGUUGUCCACACGAAAUGUAGAGUACUGAUAGCUGUACAGAGAGGCAAAUGAAAGGCUUUUCCAAUUGAAGAUGAUCAGGUUUUGAAACAAGCUUUUUCAGGUUGGAUGAACUGCUGGAGAGAUGUGCACAUUUUGUACACAUGAAUAGUUAAUGUUUCUCUUUCUAACUCAUGGGAUAUAACUCCCUUUGCAAAUCAAACAUGUCUGGGCUGUUUUCUCAAUGGGAACUCAAGAAUUAUGGUGUAGCACAGUAUAUUUCUAUGAUUUCUUUUUUGUGUCCUCUGUAAUUGUGAAAAGACUGUAGAUUACUGAUGAAACUUCUGAAUAUUCUAAAUCUAUAAAGAACCAUAAGAUUCUGUACUUCGGUUCUCUGCUCUUCCCAAAUAUGACCCACUCUGGUCAACUUCAACACUUCUGUGAUCGAAGAAACUCGGCUCCACCUCUUGUAUUUAAAUGAAAGAAUGAAUGAUGAUAUGAACUGUGCUGACAUGGUGGACACUAUUUUAAAACGUAUAUGAAAUCGUUUCCCCGUUUUCCUCUCGGACUCAACGUGAGCAGGACCAGAAUAUAGUAGUCUAGUGAAAUUGCCUUUGUAAUUAUUGUUAACAUUAAUUAUCUUCUAUAAUGAUAAUAAAUAUAUUCACUGUU